AUGUCAAUUAAAGAAGAUUUUUACAACAACUUAAGCUCUGUGCUGUCAAGUGUCCGAAAAGGCGACAUCGUCAUUAUUCUAGGCGACUUCAAUGCCCAAGUUGGAAACGACAACACAUCGCUACAAAAUGUCAUGGGAGUUCACGGCAUUGGCAGAAUAACUGAAAAUGGCCGUAUGCUCACCGAAAUGUGCGCUACUAAUAAUCUGGUUAUUGGUGGCACGUUAUUUCCCCAUAAGCACAUACACAAAGUGACUUGGGUGUCGCCGGACUCGCACACGGAAAACCAAAUUGACCAUAUUCUGAUCAGCAAAAAAUGGAGAGGCUCACUGCUCGAUGUAAAGAACAAGCGAGGCGCAGAUAUAGGAAGCGACCACCACCUUAUUUUGGCUACCCUACGUCUUAAAGUAGCAGCAGUCAAGAGGGAGAAUAAACAAACGCGAAGGCACAAUGUAUCGCAGUUGAAGGUGGCCGAAGUGGCAAACGCAUACACUGAUGCUCUGAAGUCAGCUGAAAGAAACAACCCUGGUGAGUCGCGUGAUCACUGGCCCGGUAUUAAAAACAUUUUUAUAACUGCUGCUAACAACCACAUUGGUUACAUCAAAACAAACCGAAAAGAAUGGAUAUCCGACGAAACUUGGAAUCUUAUUCAACAACGGAAAGCUGCCAAAGCCGCAAUCAAUACCGCUAGAACUCGAAGCGCGAAGCUUGAUUCGCAGAGAAAACACAACUUACUAAAUCGCAUGGUUAAAAGAAGCGCGCGUUGCGACAAAAGAAGACGAAUCGAAAACAUUGCUAAAGAAGCACAGGCCGCAAGCGAGACACACCGCAGCAGGGACUUGUAUAAAACAGUGAAGCAGCUAGCGAACCGCCCGUCUACCACUAGUAAGCCAAUCCGAGACGAGAAUGGUUCGCUUGCCAGCUCAAGUAACGACCAACUCAAAGUCUGGGAAAACUUUUACAAAAAUCUACUCUCCAACACUGAUGGAAGCAGCAAUUUACAAUGCAAUUGCGCUAGACACGCUGAUAACGAUAGCGUUCGGACGCAAUGCCCCUCCAUGAAAGAAAUUGCAGAUGCAAUAACAACAUUAAAAGCCAAUAAGGCGCCUGGCAUUGAUAACGUCGCACCAGAACUAUUAAAGGCAGACCCAAUUACUAGCGCUAAGCUCGUUCAACCUAUCAUCGAACGCUUCUGGUCAGACGGGCACCUUCCAGGCGAGCUUAAGGAAGGAGUUAUAAUAAAAAUUCCAAAAAAAUGCGAUCUCUCGCAAUGUCAGGCUCUUGCUAAUCAGAGAGGCAUCACAUGGGGUCUUCGUGGAUCCUUAAACGACCUCGAUUACGCCGACGAUAUUUGCAUCCUUGCGCACAACUACGACGACAUGGCACGAAAACUCAAAUCGAUAUCGACACUGGCAUCGAAAGUGGGACUCAACAUCAAUGUUUCUAAAACCAAGGCCAUGCGCAUAAAUGCAAACAACACGCGCCCAUUCCUACUAAACUCAACACCUUUAGAGGAACAUGUUAUAAAUGAGAAUGGCGAGGUGAACCGGGAAUUUAUAGCCUAUGAGUUUAGUCAUUAG